AUCGAACAACCGUUCAGCUCCCAGUGUACGAGUAUUUUCUCUCAUUUCUGCGCAUCAAACGAAAACCCCUCAGCUCCCCUCUUCCGUUUCAGCCUCUACGCAUUCAAGCCUCCAUAGUAAUGGCGUCUGGAGAUCCGUUUACUUCUUCAAAGGUCGGCUUAUGGCUUAUAAAUAAUCUGACCCGGCUGUCGAGCAGAUUUUCGAAUUCUCUGUUGUUCUACUACUCCGAUUGUUUGCAGUUUGAGAACAGCGUGUUUAAUCUGAGGGCUUGAGAGAUCGUUUGCAGUUUGAGCUGAACGGGUUUCAUCUGGAGGUUGUUAUGGCAAAAGCACUUGACUUAGUGGACAUCACCCCACAAAUGAGAGGAUGGAGUUGUCAAGUACGUAUUGUGAAAAAAUUCGAUGAAAAGUUGUCAACCAACACACCUGGAAAACGUUUCAUGCAAAUCCUGCUCGAAGACAAACAAGUAAUCAUCAUUUUUCCACUACAACAGGGAAUCCGAGUUCAAGCGGUGGUUUUUGACAACGACAUCCCAAGAUACAACUCCACACUCCAUCUUGACUCCUGCUACACCAUUUCCAAUGCGAAUGUCAAACCUCAACGCCCUAAUUACAGUGUUCCAGAUGAGAGGUACAAGUACACAUGGAUAUUAAGUGGUCGUACAGUCGUCCAACCGCUACGUGAUUCAUCUGCUUUCAUCAAUGCAAGUAACAAAGUAUACAACACUUUCUAUGAUGUUUACCACUACAUGAAAUCUGGAAUUGAAAUCUCACUUAUGGGCAUCGUGAUAGACAAACUCCCAAAGGAAGUCAUUCCCACCAGUAAGGGUGAUAAACAUAUCAAGGAGAUUGUGUUGGUCGAUGAAAAGCUGAAACCAAUAGCACUUACUCUUUGGGGAGAUUUUGCUGAUACUGAGGGAAGCGAAAUUGUCAACUUGUUGAAUGUGAACGAAUACCCCCUCAUAUCUAUUGAAAAUAUAGGUGUCACACCCUUCAAAGGUAUUUCAUUGUGCACAAAACCCCAUUCUACGGUAACAAUCAAUCCUAUAUCUUCAAGAGCUCAACAAUUGCAAAAGUGGGCAGUUGAAAAUCGUCCUACUCUUGAUGCACUUAAGAUAUGCCGUGAAUACAAUAAUGCUGCAAUUAACCUUGCAAUUCCAGUCGUUGCUGAAAUUUCUAAAAUAUCUGAAGUACCUCCAUCAAUUGAUCCGACGAAACCCGUUUGGAUUCACGGCAAAAUCAAUCUGCAGCUUGAAGGUGAUAGUCUUUGGUACAUGGCUUGUAGCAACUGUUUGAAAACAGUUUAUGCAGAUUCUGAUACAAGGUUUUUUUGCAUGCAUUGUGGUACGGAGGAUGCAAUUGCUACUCCAAGAUCCAGAGCGAAUGUCUCAAUCACUGAUACUACUUCAACAAUUGAAGCCUCGGUUUUUGGGCAAUGCGUGGAAAAACUUCUGCUCAUGACUAGCAAACAAAUUAUGGAAGUGGAGCUGCAGGGUAAGAAGGCAUCAUUUCAAUAUGCAAACAAGCGCUUGGAUAAGGAAGAGUAUAUUGUACAACUGAGGUCGCAAUCAAGUACUUAUCAAACCAACCCAGGACCCUCCUACACCAUAACAUCUUUGCAUGAUGCAUCUCAUUACAUUGUCACAACCAACAUUGAUCCAUCAACCCCUCCUUCAUCAAAGAUGAAGCUCCCACACUCGGGAGUAGAAGAUUCGCCUGUUGAUUUGAAGCGGCAGAGAAAAACUGGAUUACUUAUCACCAUUACCCACUACUUCGUUUACUCCAACUAUUUUCCUAGAACUAUUGUUUUAAUUUUCUUUCAAACGCUGUAGCCCAAUACAUAUUUGACUACGUCUUUGAUUAAAACAUUUUUGUGUUUAUUAUGUUUGUUUUGAUAUAAAACACAAAUACAUACUACUGUUUCAUGUGAAUCUCACUACUAUUCUGUUUAUUAUAAUCAUGU